ACGACUACUAUUCCUGCUAUUCCUGUGGCAUCUGCUUAUCACACCACUGGAUAUACUGCUUCGACUCUACGACUUGAUCAUCGCGACCGGCUUUUUGGAAAGACGCGCAUACAGAUACAGCAAGUGUUCAGGUAUCAGAAGGCUUUUAGUAGAGCGUUCAGCUUUACCACAUCUAAGAAACCAGCCAUGGCUUCAGCAACGAGCUUCUACGAGUUCAAGCCAAAGGACAAGAAAGGCGCCGCCUACGACCUCUCCAAGCUCAACGGCAAAGUCGUCCUCGUCGUCAACACGGCCUCAAAAUGCGGCUUCACCCCGCAAUUCGAGGGCCUCGAGAAACUCUACAAGGAAGUCAAGGCCGCACACCCAAACGACUUUGAGAUUCUAGGUUUCCCCUGCAACCAAUUCGGCGGCCAGGACCCGGGUUCCAACGACGAGAUUCAGGAGUUUUGCCAGUUGAACUACGGUGUUAGCUUCCCCGUGCUGGGCAAGAUUGAUGUCAACGGCGCAACCGCAGACCCCGCUUUCGAAUGGCUCAAGAACGAGAAGCCCGGCCUCAUGGGCUUGAAGCGUGUCAAGUGGAACUUUGAAAAGUUCUUGAUUGGACGGGAUGGCAAGGUCAAGGGCAGGUGGGCGAGCACGAAGAAGCCCGAGGAUCUCAAGGCGGAGAUUGAGAAGGAGCUGAACAACAAGUAAAGUAGAAGAUGGAGAUGGAGAUUGGAUCGAGACUGAGGGGGCCAUGCAAAAGGGAAAGAUGAGGAUGAGGAUAAUGAGCAGGAAUAGUAUUUGAUACCACUGAGAAUGAAUAGAUUGCAUGCACUUUCAA